UAAACCAAUUCCUCUUACUAUGCUAAUAAAUAUUGAAGAAGGAACUUCAACUUCAAAGGAUAAGAAACCUCAAAGAAAAAUACCACGCAUUCCUUCUGCUGUUGACCAAUUAGCUUCUUAUAAU